CUAUGAGUGAAAGGUACGGUACCGGGACUUCGACGAGUACUGCCGUCGGUACAGACCCGACCACCCCUGUUCCCGUCGAGUCGCUGGAUGGUAUGCAUAUCGGAGAUGGCACAUGGUAUAGUCCAGGUUCGGGCGCCUGUGGACAGAACAACACAGAGGGGGACCCCAUAGCGGCAGUAUCGUACUUGCUCUUCGACUAUUGGCCUGGUUCGAUGACUAAGAACCCGAAUAUGUGUGUGUUCCUUGCGUAUCGCACAAUGCUCAUGGGUUUCUGACUUGUAAGCAGAAACCCUAUCUGCGGGAAGAAGCUCGUAGCUCACUACACGGACCCAAACACGCAACAAGAAACCAC